CUUUUGUUGGAGACUCCAGAAUUCGGCAGUUGUUCUACUCGUUUAUUAAAAUUAUAAAUUCUGCUAUCAAAGAAGAAGGAAACAAGCAUGAAAAUAUUUCCUUUGAAGAUGGAAGUAGUUCAUUGAAAGUUGAUGUGGGGUCGCUGCUGUGCUAUCUUGACUAAAGAGGUGGUGUUGAGGGACCGGAUGAGAUCUACCACCUUGACUCCCCAUAAUCUGUGAGUAAAUAGAGACUUCCUGUGGUACCCAGAGGUAAACAACUCCAUGAAGGACUGUUUUAAGGCCUGGAUUGAGGGUACCCAACCGAAGCCACAUAUUGUUGUGGUGGGAGCUGCUACGUGGUCAAUUAAAAUUCAAAAUGGGAGCAUGGAAGCUCUCACACAGUACAAAGUCAACCUUACUUCAAUAACACCAUUUCUGGAGAAGCUCGCAGAAGCUAAUGACGUUUAUUGGAUUUUACAAGAGCCAGUAUAUGAAGAAUUGCUGAGUGAGAAUAGAAAAAUGAUUACUAAUCAGAGGAUUAGCUUGUACAACAAUGCAGCUUUGAGCAUUUUGAACAGCAGCACCAGAAAUACAGCAGCCAAAGUCAAGAUUCUCCAGGCUUCCAAAUUAGUUGCAGAAGAAACCAUAGCAGGCUCUUUGGAUGGUUUGCAUUUACCUGAAACUACGAGGGACAUAAAUGCUAUGAUUCUUAUGAAUUCCUACUGCAACAGGAUUGUGAAGCCCAUCGAUGGUUCUUGCUGCCAUCCUCAGCCGCCUCCUUCUCUCAUUCAGAAACUGACUGGCUGCUUUUUUAGCACUUGCAUAAUUGGUUGUAUAAUUGCAACUUACUUCUGUCAUAGUUGGCGAAGAAGUAAACCUAAUGCUGAUGUGGAGAGUGGUGAAGAGAAGAAACCUGCCACAGCUUCUGUUUCUAGUCCUGAAAAACUAUUGUUUUGCCUUUCUAAAUUAGGCCUGAUUAUGGGCUAUUUCUAUCUCUGCGAUAGAGCUGAUUUAUUUAUGAAAGAACAGAAGUAUUACACACACUCAACAUUCUUCAUCCCACUGGUGUAUAUUAUUGUGCUGGGAGUUUUCUACAAUGAUAAUACAAAAGAGACCACUAUGUUAAACAGAGAACAGACAGAUGAAUGGAAGGGCUGGAUGCAGCUAAUAAUUCUGAUAUAUCAUAUAUCAGGAGCAAGUACUUUUUUACCUGUGUACAUGCAUGUUCGCGUUCUAGUGGCAGCUUACCUGUUUCAAACAGGCUAUGGACACUUUUCUUACUUUUGGAAAAGCGGGGAGUAUGGAAUCUCUCGAAUUUGUCAGAUUUUAUUUCGUCUGAACUUCUUAGUGGUGGUAUUGUGCCUAGUAAUGGAUCGACCAUAUCAAUUCUACUACUUUGUUCCAUUAGUAACUUUCUGGUUCAUGGUCAUCUAUGCCACUCUAGGGAUUUGGCCUCAGACUGGCAAAAAAGAUGAAAAUGGAUCCUGUUCCCCUUAUUGGGAAGUGGUAUUCAAGUUGCUUGGUUUGCUGUUGUGCAUAUGUCUGCUUGCUGCUUCUCAGAGUUCUUUUGAGAAGGUUUUUUCACUAUGGCCAAUUUCAAAACUAUUUGAGUGGCAAGGAUUCCUUCAUGAAUGGUGGUUUCGAUGGAAGUUGGAUCGUUUUGCUGUUGUACAUGGUAUGUUCUUUGCUUUUCUUUAUGGUGUAUUAAAGAAGGGUCAUCUGCUUUCUGAAGGCAAAGGAGAGACAUUGUUUGCGCCCAGAAUGUCGUCCUUCUUACUUUUUACAUCAGUGGUGGUGUUUUUGACCUACUCAAUCUGGUGUGCCAGCUGUAAAAGUAAAGCCGAGUGCAAUGAGUAUCAUCCUUACUUCUCUGUAUUGCAGAUCCUGUCCUUCGUUCUCAUUAGGAACAUUCCUGGUUAUGUUCGCUCUGUGUACAGUUCCUUCUUUGCAUGGUUUGGCAAGAUCUCCUUGGAACUCUUCAUAUGCCAAUAUCACAUCUGGCUUGCAGCAGAUACCAAAGGAAUCCUUGUACUCAUUCCUGGCAGCCCAGUGCUCAAUAUUAUUGUCAGCACCUUCAUCUUUGUUCUAGUUGCUCAUGAAAUUUCUCAGAUCACAAACGAUCUUGUACAAAUAACCAUUCCCAAAGAUAACUACGUUGCACUGAAAAGACUGUUGUGUGUAGGUAUUUUUUUAUUUGGGAUUCUUGCAUUGUCAUCUUUUGAACAAGUGAACAAAUAAUUGAAGUAAUAACUACUUUUGACCUUCAUAUUUAAUGAAGUGACCUCAGUUUAUGGAGAAAAGAGAGCAUAAUUAAGUGCAACACUGUGAAAUUCAACACAGCAUCAAGUCUGGAAAAAGUAGUUGCUGCAUUUGUACAUAGUGUCUAAAAUGUUUGGCUAAAUUAUGAUUAUUUGAAAGUGACUUUUAUAACAAUGGCAUGACUGACUACUGAAAACGUGGCAAUUCUUCAAAUGCUAAUUCAUGUGUUGGGUAUUUCAAAGUUGGUAAAACAGCAUUUACUUCUGCGAUUUUUACUUCGUGUCUUCAUCAGGUUGUCAAUAUUUUCACUUUUUAAAAUGGCAAUUAUUCCAGUUUUAUGAAGGAAAUAUUUUAGUCAUCUGCUUAAAUCUGAUUGUAAAAUACCUACAUAUAAUAUUCUACACAAUUUAGUACAGCCAUAUUUAUUAAAUAUAUUAACACUGAUGUUGAACACUUGAAAUGUAUUGGAAGGUGGAAAAGAAGUGAAGUCAGUGUGUUAUUCAUUAUAAGUGCCACAAUGGAGGGGUUAAACAUGAAUAGAGCUUCAUGUUCUGGGGCCUUGUGGCUUUAUGACUAAAUCUGGUGUUGCAUUGUUGUUAAAUCAUGACGGGCUAAGAAUUACACCCAUUGGUUAUAGCUUUUAAUCUUGUGGAAUGAAUGAUGGUUGUUGGAAUUUGAUAUGAAAUGACUGAAACAGUGGUUUAAUUAAGGACACUUGUUUAGUGUACAAGGGUAUUGAGCAACUAUUUGUAAAUUAAGAUAGUGUGAUUGAAUUGUCAAAUGUUAGUUUGUGAUCUCUUCAACUUGUAUGAUUGAUUAUAUUUUGAGAUUAUUGAGAAACAUAAAGACCCAUGCCAACAACAUGUUACAAUUUGGUUUUUAGAUAAAAUCUUAAACAAGAUAAAUGUAUUUGCUAAAUUUAAAUUUUAGCAGGGAUAAGAAAGGAGGGAGUAGAAAGGAAAAUGCUGAAAACAGAUCUGAGUCUUUUGUGAUGACCUGGGUGCCAUAAACCAUUAUUACCAGUGUCUUUCAAAUCAUGGUGAAGUUCUUUCAAAAAAUUUUAACCUGGCUUGAUUCAAGCCCACAUUUACAGAUCCUGCAGUAUACUAUUUAAUUUUAAAACUGUCUUCUGCACAUUGACGCUUUUGAAUCUCAGCAUUUCUGUGUAUUUCACUGUAGAUAAUUUUAAUUUUUUAUAUGUUAGUACAGCACGUUACAGGCCCUUCCAGCCCGAUGAGCCUGUGCUGCCCAGUUACACCCAUGUGACUAAUUAACCACCUAACCUGUACAUCUUUGGAACAUGGGAGGAAACUGGAGCCCCCAGAGGAAACUCUUGUGGUCCUGGGGAGAACAAACAAACACUUUACAGAUAGUGUCGGGAAUUGAACCCUGGUUGCUGACAUUGUAAAUUGAUGCUCUAACUGCACUGCUACCACGCCAUCCCUAAAUCUGACAUCGGAAACCUUUUAUUAAACAAGACAUGCUAAAAUGCAAUUAGUCUUAAAGUUUGACUUGUAACAAUUAGUUUUAAAGGAUUUGGUAUUUAUAACCUUACAAGACUUCACUGGUUCUAUUUUGAUCUGUUUUUGUUUAAGGAUAACUGAAAAUGGGUAAGAGAAGAAUCUUCAAAAUUUGUAAAUACUAAUUCUUUGGAAUUAAAAAUUAAGUUUUAAUUUUUUGUUCAAUAAAAUCUCAGGUUCCCUCCCUACAGUUACUAAGUGGGUAAAACCAUAGCUGGUCCAUCAGCAACAGCUGAGUAUUUAAGUGAGAUAGCUGAUUUGGGCUAAAUGCUCUACUUUGUCAAGAGCUAAAAUGUGUGCAUGUGAUAGUAUUCUGUGUAAGUGCUCUCUAUGGUUGAAUACUUUCCUGUCAUUAAUAUCAAAUGAUGCAUGGUAUUCUGGCUAGUAACUGCUUCAGCACUUAGAAUUUUUUUAAUGAGCUCCAACAGGUGUUGAAUAGGGGUGGGGGGGAGGUGUAGAAAAGUUACCACAGUGCAGCCAAAUUUCUAGUAAUAUCUGCACUAAUGUGCUUGGAAUUGCCACAGCUACUUCGCCUUUAUUUAUGUUAGUAAAUUGCUAUUUUAUUAAUUGUUCUGAAAAUCAAAAAGAUCAAAUGAGUAAAUUUUGCACUAAGACUCAAUUUAUAACAUUUCCCUAACUGCAUGUGCUUUCCAAAAUAUGUGGCUUGUGGUGAUGUAUUUUUUAUAUGAAGCAUUUGUUUUAUUCAAUUUAGUUUAAAAUGAUUUGGCUGAAGAAGUAACUGCAAUGAUUAGAUUUUUACUUGCUAUAAGUUACUGCAGUUACAGAAAUCACUAUAAUAACAAAAGCCUGAUACCAAAUGAAUCUCUUAAAGUUUAAAUUGCACUUGGGAACACAGUUUCAGUAUCCCCAUUCACAUUUGGAGUUAUGUUUUGGAAAUUGAACAUAUUUUGUAAUACUAAACAUUUUUGAGAUUUUGCACUGAUUUCAAUCUCAAUGGUGUUACAAAGGUUGAACUUUUUCUGAAAUAACUUAAAGCUAAUUAUUUGUUUUCAAAUAAAGCUUUGAGUUUUCGAUUAAAAUUCUUACAUUCUUGACAGAUUUCCAGGGUGGUAGGAAAUGUGAAAAAUUGUUAAAUUAUAUUUUAUAAUUCUUUAAUAUGAAUUGUUUAUAGUUUUGUCACUUUCUAAAUUUGUGAUUAAAUAUUUUUGUCUUUUUCAAAUUGGAUUAGUGCUGUAGAGGUGAAAUAUCAUUCAAUGAUAUUUGCUUCUAUAGAAGGAGAAUUUUCAUGCAUUAAUGACUGAAGACAGUUUUUUUUAUAUUAUCUAAUUUUGCAGAAUACUUGAUUGGUUUUAUGAAGCAUAGAUUUAUUUUUGACUUAAAGCAUACAUACUAUUUAAAGCAUCUUUCAUAGUAUGUUUAUCUUUUCUCAUAAAUGGACAGAAUAGGGUUUUAGUAGUUUGAUUUGCUGCAAAAGAUUGAAGUAUGGAUCUUGCCCUAAAGGUGAAAACCCUGAAACAAAUUUCUGUAAGGCCAUUUGCUGGGGAGAACUGGAAAGAGUCUAUAUGGUGUAUUGGCACUGAACAAUGUAAUCUGAUCAGGCUAGAGCAGGGGUUCCCAACCUUUUUUUAUGCCCUGGACCCCUACCAUUAAUCUUAAAGUCUGUGGAUCCCAGCUUGGAAACCCCUGGGCUUCAAAUCCCAGCCCAAACUCUUCUGGAAACCUGAUAACAUAAAAGCUAGCUACUGGUUUAAUAAAGCAAAACAUUUUUUUUUCCUUGGGCUUUUUUAAGCCUCUCUUGUUUUAAGAGAUUUAAUACCUGUGGAGUAGAGUUUUUUUUAUUUACCUGAAUUUCAUUAGCGACUGGGGAAUCUUUAUUUUGUUUAGAUAAUUCAUUGUUGCAUCUCAGUUCUCCGCCAAAUGUAAUCCCAAAUGCAUUUUUUUUCAAGUGUCUGCAUGCUCAUGCAAAUUUCUUAACUGGCAUAAUGUUGUACUCUGUUGGAUAGAUUUAUUAUAUAUAAACUGUUAAAAUUGUGCACAAAAAGUGUUUUGAUUUCAUGUACAAUGCCAAUAAAAAGAGCACUUCAUUAAG